AUGGGCUCAAAGGUGGCAGGUAAAAAGAAAACCCAGAAUGGAAAUAAGUUAGGUAACGACAAUGGUUCACAACAACGGGAAAAUAUCAAUACAAAGAAGCCUUCGAAAGCCAACCUUAAGAUGUCAGAUUACGAAUAUCUUGAAGUCAUCCAAUUAGAACACGCUGUGACCAAGUUGGUGGAGUCUUACAAUAAAAUAAUCGAACUUUCACCAAAUUUGGUAGCUUAUAAUGAGGCCGUAAACAACCAAGAUAGGGUGCCCGUUCAAAUACUUCCUUCUCUAUCGCGUUAUCAAUUAAAACUGGCUGCUGAAUUGAAAACUUUGCACGAUCUUAAAAAAGACCCAAUUUUGACAGAAGUUACUGAUUAUGAAAACGAAUUUGAUACCGAACAAAAGCAACCCAUAUUGCGAGAAAUCAAUAAAGCAGAUAUGGAAAAGUUAGAGAAGUUAGAACAAAUCAGGAGGGAAAAGAAAGACACGAUUGACGUAAAUGUAUAUGAAAAUUUAAAUGAGAAGGAAGACGAAGAAGAGGAUGAAGGAGAAGAUAGCUACGACCCAACAAAGGCCGGUAAUAACAUCAAGACGGCGAAAUGGCCUCCAAAAUUACCAGAAAUUCAAGAUUUAGCGAUCAGGGCCAGAGUGUUCAUUCACAAGUCCACCAUCAAGGAUAAAGUUUACUUGUCUGGGUCAGAAAUGAUCAACGCGCAUAACGAAAGACUAGAGUUCCUUGGCGAUUCGAUCUUAAAUUCCGUUAUGACAUUAAUUAUUUAUAACAAGUUCCCUGAUUACAGCGAGGGCCAGCUAUCAACAUUAAGGAUGAACUUGGUAAGCAACGAACAGAUCAAACAAUGGUCAAUAAUGUAUAAUUUCCAUGAGAAACUUAAGACAAAUUUUGAUUUAAAGGAUGAAAAUUCCAAUUUCCAAAAUGGCAAACUAAAACUGUAUGCAGACGUGUUUGAGGCUUACAUUGGCGGUUUGAUGGAAGAUGAUCCAAGGAAUAAUUUGCCCAAAAUAAGAAAAUGGCUAAGAAAGCUUGCCAAACCUGUCAUUGAAGAGGCCACUCGUAAUCAAGUUGCCUUAGAGAAGACGGAUAAACUUGAUAUGAAUGCCAAAAGACAGUUAUACUCUUUGAUUGGCUAUGCUUCAUUACGUCUACAUUAUGUCACUGUAAAAAAACCGACAGCAGUUGAUCCGAAUUCCAUAGUUGAGUGCAGAGUAGGUGAUGGUACCGUUUUAGGAAUUGGUGUGGGCAGAAACAUUAAAAUCGCAGGUAUUAGAGCGGCGGAAAAUGCUCUUCGUGACAAAAAAAUGCUAGAUUUUUACGCAAAACAAAGAGCUGCCAUUCCUAGAAGUGAAUCUGUGCUCAAGGACCCCUCACAAAAGAAUAAAAAAAGGAAAAUUUCAGAUUCAAGUUGA